CUACUACUAGUUUAACCAUCCCAAAACAUAAAGAGCUCAAACAUGUCUUCCAAUUACUUGCUUGUAUUUCUUAUUGGAGUGGUGGCUUUCACUACCGCUUCCACUCUUGCUGAUCACCAUGAUCAUCACAAACCACCCGUUCACAAGCCUCCCGUUGUAGAAAUCUCCCACCUCCAAAAGCCACCAACCUCACAUGAUCAACCCCCUAAGGGUAAGGGGGAGAAGCCACCACCCGAGAAAAAGCCACCCCAUGAACACCGUUUGUUGGAGUCAGAUGGAAGAACUUUUAAGGGAGAGAAACCGCCACAAGAGCAUAACGAGCCUCAUAAGGGAGAGAAGCCACCACCAGAGCACAAACCACCUCAUGAACAUCGCUUGUUAGAGACUGAUGGCAAACCUUGCAAAGGAGAGAAGCCACCAAAGGAUUGUGAUUGUGAUGAGCCAUGUAAAAGAGGGAAGCCAACACCAGAGCACAAACCACCUCAUGAACACCGCUUGUUAGAGACUGAUGACAAACCUUCCAAAGGAGAGAAGUCUCCAAAGGAGCACAAUGAACCUCGUAAAGGAGAGAAGCCACCACCUAAGCACAAACCACCUCAUGAACACCGCUUGUUAGAGAGUGAUGGCAAACCUACCAAGGGAGAGAAUCCACCGAGAGAGCACAAUGAGCCUCGUAAGGGAGAAAAGGCACCACCAGAGCACAAACCACCUCAUGAACACCGCUUGUUAGAGAGUGAUGGCAAACCUACCAAGGGAGAGAAUCCACCGAGAGAGCACAAUGAGCCUCGUAAGGGAGAAAAGCCACCACCAGAGCACAAACCACCUCAUGAACACCGCUUGUUAGAGAGUGAUGGCAAACCUACCAAGGGAGAGGAUCCACCAAGAGAGCACAAUGAACCUCGUAAGGGAGAAAAGCCACCACCAGAGCAUAAACCGGAAAAUCCAGGGGAUCAACCUCACAAGGGUCAUGAGAAGCCACCACCAGAGCACAAGCCUCCCCAUGAACAAAACGUAGGACGUCGUUUGUUGGAGUCUUCUUCCUUGGAGUUGGCUGGUAAACCUCCCAAAGGAAAGAAGCCACCCCCAGAGCACAAGCCACCAACCACACUUGAUAAUAAAGAUGUAGAUCAUAAGCAAUUCCCAGACAAGCCACCAAAGGGUAAAGGAGAGAAGCCACCUCAGCAUGAUCGUCACCUUGGAGAAAAUGUGGAAGAGGAUGCAAAAAACCCACCGCAGACGUCACAUCGGAAAUUAAAACAGCCUCCAAGUACUCUUGCAAAGAAGCCUCCAACUUCCCCUCACAAGCCACCUCAUAAACCUCCAUCUUCUGACUAAUCGAUCAGUGCGCCACGCCCUAGCUAGCUUGCUAUGGUUACCAUAUAUCUGUAGAAAUAAGAGUUGAUAUCCUUACCUUCUCGAUCAUGUCGCUGUUGUACGCUUCAGUUAAAAGCAUUAGCUCGUACUACGCUCUUCUGCUUGAUUUCUUGUUGUGUUUGGAAUAUAUAGUGCUUGUGUACGUACGUAGUAGUUCAUUAGAAUGUAAGAGAUAGAGUAAUAUGCUCUAUUGCUCUUCUCAUGUACCUCAUCCACUGUACGUACUAAUCAUGUUUGCUAUAGUUUAUCAUGAAUGGGUUUUCUAGCUAA